UUGGUGUCACUCUGACUUUUUCCUUUACACCGGCAAGAUGGCAUCCAAAAGCACAAAACAGAAAAAUUUAACAAAAGAAGAGGAAUUGCUGCUUCAAGAUUUCAGCAGAAACGUUUCAACGAAGUCUUCGGCACUAUUUUAUGGAAAUGCGUUGAUAGUUUCAGCCAUCCCCAUUUGGUUGUACUGGAGGAUUCAUCAAAUGGACUUGUACCAGUCAGGCAUUUUAUUUGCUGUUGGCACUCUCAUCAGUACAUACCUUGUUGCCUUUGCUUACAAAAAUGUCAAGUUUGUUCUUAAACAUAAGAUUGCCCAAAAACGAGAAGAUGCUGUUGCCAGGGAAGUAAUGAAAAAAGUAGCUGAUGACAAGAAAAUGAACAAAAAAGAAAAAGAUGAAAGGAUUUUAUGGAAGAAGAACGAGGUAGCAGACUACGAGGCGACAACAUUCUCUAUAUUCUAUAACAACGCCUUUUACCUGGUGCUGCUGAUUCUCUCAUCAUUUUAUGUUCUCAAGAACUUCAACCCAAAUGUAAAUUAUGUAUUUUCAGUUGGGGCAGCAGCUGGACUUCUAGCUCUAUUUUCAACCAGUACCAAAUAAGAUAUUUUACAUAGGAUAGUUCUUAACAACAUUGUACAAGUGGUCAAAGGAUAGAUGUGUAUAUGUAUAUAUGAUGAAAGACAAUUUAUCUGAUAGCAACCACCACCACCAAAGACCAGUGUUUUUGUAACUGUAUAUUUGAUGAAAUAUCACGAAAGUUAACAAUGUCAAUAUAAUAUUUAAAUGAAAAUUUUUAUAUAUUUGAUUUAACAUGUACUUUGGUAUGUCUUAAAUUAAUUGAUUAGGAAGUUGUAACCAAAACAAUGACAUUUUUCAAAAGAUGUGAUCAUUUUCAUACAUAUUAAUUUAUUGAUUGUGCUCUUUUUAAGUUCACAAAAAAAUGUAGAUAUAGUAAUGUGUAUCAUGUAACUAUAUGUGAGUGAAACAGCGACAACUAAAUUAGAUUACAAUUUGUGUCAGGUGCAUAUUUCAAUUUAAUUCAGGUGAUAGAAUGCUUCAAUUUUUUAUGUCAAUAAAAAUGGUAAACUG